AUGCCUAUUGAUAUUGGUCUUUUAUCUACUCAACAAGAUUCAUUUGAACAUCAUGAAGAAUUAAGUAAACUUCUAAAUGAAACUGAUGUAUUCUAUGUUCCACUUCGAAAUGAAUUUCGAGAAAAUAAUUUUAAUACAAAUCAAGAUUCAACUGAUUUAACAAAAAGUUUCGAUGAAGAUCUUUCAAAUAAACAUUUAGUUGUUACAUUUCGUGAUAUUGGUUAUUCAUUAUGUCUUGAUUCAGUUAAAAGUAUUCCUGAUGAAAACGAUCAAUCAAAAAUUCGUGUUUCGGGAAAAAUGAUUGUUGAUGGUAUAUGUAUACAAUUUUUUGGUUGUUUUGAUUAUAGUUCUAAAACAGAAAAACAUUCCGAUAAUCCUAAACAACAAAUAAAUGGUGUUGGAAGAAUUGAAUUAGAUGAAGGAUAUUAUCGAGAAUUAUCAUCAACACAAACUGUAUCGACAAAUGAGAUGAAAGAAGAAGAAAAUAUUGUUGAACCAAUAAUAAAACCUAAAACUCGACAACAAACAGCUAAAUUAAAAGAACGAACAGAAACAAAUAAACCGAAAACACGUUCACGAACAGAAAGUGAAACUGUAUCAUCAAAAAAUAAUACAAAAAGUGCUUCUCCUCCACCACCACCAACAGUGCAUAAUACCACCCAACAUUCAUCAACACGACCACGAGUACAUUCACCAUCGACUCAUGCGCCAUAUCCAUUACGAUCACCACGAACAAAACAACAUCGUACUACAUCACCUGUUCAUUUUCCUACUCCAUCGUCAUCAAGAACUUCAGAAGUUCAUUCAUCUUUGGGUUCAACAAGUUUCAAUGAAUAUUCUCAAUUAAAUUCUACUUCAAGUGGAUCACAAUCUAAUGAAUAUUCUCAACCACAACGUCUACAAAUUCUAUCUCAUUCUCCUCAUUUUCCUUCCCAUACAACUGGUCAAACAACAAUACCAAUACAAAUUCCAACAUCGUCAAAUACGAGUCUUCCUCUAACAUCAUAUUCACAUUUGUCUGGUUUAUUUCAAUUACCACAAUCUCAUUCAUUACCAACAUAUAUACUUCCUUCAACGAAUUUAGCCUAUAUAACAACAGCUACAAAUCCAAUUGGUACAUCAUAUGAUUUAACACCAUUAAAUGGUAAUGCAAAUAUUUUUUUAAUUUCAAACCCAAACCAACAUUCAACACAACCAUUACAUAUAUUAACACCUAUUGAUCAUCGCUCAUUACAAUUUACACAUUAUACAUCAGCAAAUUUAUUUCAACCUCCACCACCACCAGUUGUACCGAUACCUUCACGUAUAUGCAAUAUUCUUCAAACAAAUGAAUCGAUGUCGAUUUUACAAAAUAAACGACAUGAUAAUGAAGAAGAUAAACCAGUUCAACAAGUAGACACAAAUAAACAAUUUAUUGAGCAAUUACCAUUUAAAAAACGACGUUAUACUGGUCAACAAACACGAAUGGCUUCUGUUCAUAAUGAUGAUGAUGAAGUUUCUGAUGAAUCUGCGAAAAAGUAA